AUGGGUAGCAUUGGUAGUUCUUCACCACCCCAUGUAGUGAUUUUUCCAUACAUGGCUCAAGGCCACACUAUUCCAUUGCUAGACUUGUCCAAGGCAUUAGCCCAACGUAGCCUAAAAGUAACAAUCAUUACCACCCCAGCAAAUGCUCCAUUUAUCAUUUCCAAAACCUCUAUCCAACCAACAAUCUCUUUGUCCAUAAUCCCUUUUCCAAAAGUUCAAGAAUUGCCGGAAGGUUGUGAAAAUGUUAACCAUCUUCCUUCUACAGAUCUCAUUUCACCUUUUUUACACGCCAUCAAACAACUCAAACAACCUUUUGAAGAUGUCCUUAAAGAGAUGUGUAAUUCUGAUAGGACUAAUCCCAUAUGUGUUAUCUCGGACAUGUUUCUACCUUGGACACUUGAUUCAUGUCGCAGGUUCGAUAUUCCUAGGAUUGUUUGUAGUGGAAUGGGUGUGUUACCUACAGUUCUUGUAAGAACUGUCUCAUCCCAUGUUCCAUGUAUGUCUAGUUUGUCCUGUUCUGAGCCCAUAAAUUUUCCAUCAGUUCCAUUUCCAUUAUACAAACUUGACUUCCCUGAGCUAGUUUGGCGUGGGAAUAAGAAGGAUCCAAUGCUGCCAAUCAUUGCAGAGCUUGGACAGGCAGAUUACGGUAGUUGGGGUCAUAUAGUUAACAGUUUUGAAGAGCUUGAAGGAGACCAUGUUGCGGCCUUUGAAUCUCUAAAUCAAAAGGAGUCCAAAGCAUGGCUUGUAGGCCCAAUUCUACUUCAUGAUCGUAAGCCAGAUUUGAUGAGUUCAGGGUCCCAAAAUGGUCAAAAGCAAUACAUCAAGUGGCUGGACCAGCAAUUGGAGAUGGGUUCAGGUAAUGUGAUCUAUGUGGCAUUUGGUUCACAAUCACAUAUGACAGAUAUACAGGUGGAGGAGAUUGCACUUGGAUUGGAGAAGGCAGGACAAUCGUUCAUUUGGGUGGUCAGAUCAAGAACGUGGAUCCCACCAGUUGGGUGGGAAGAAAGGGUCAAGGAUAGAGGGUUGGUCAUACGUGAUUGGGUAGACCAGAGGGGUAUCCUAGCACACCCAGCAAUUGGUGGGUUCUGGACGCAUUGCGGUUGGAAUUCGGUGCUGGAGGGCUUGUCCAUGGGUGUGCCACUCUUGUGUUGGCCCAUGGGAGCAGAGCAAGGAUUGAACGCUAGGUACAUGGCAAUGGGGCUAAAAGCAGGGCUCAUGGUCCCUCAAGAACGUGAUGCAAAAGAUGACCUCAUGACCCUGGAACAUGAUGUGAUUUGUGAAGUUGUGAAGGAGUUGAUGCAAGGUGACCAAGGGAGGAAGGCCAGGGAAAGGGCACAAGAGUUUGCGAGAAAGGCAAGACAAGCUGUGGGAAAAGGUGGAUCAUCUGAUAAGAAAUUGGAUGAACUAAUUGAAUCCCUCACUGAAAGACAAAACAAUUCUAGGACUAUAUGA